ACCAAUCCGGAGGAGUGGGCGGGGCCGGCGGCUGGAGCGGGGUCGCGGGGCCCGGGAGCUGCAGCCGGUCGGGAGCCGCCGGGUCGGUGCGCGCGGUGCAGCCUCAGGGUCUCUCCCCAAGGAUGUGGUCGCUCGUGCCAUUGUGGCUGGCGCUGUCUGGAGCAGUGACCUCCCUGCGGUGCCCCGAUGGCCGGCUGUGCCAGGGGCUUGACGUCUGCUGCCGGGAUCCCGGAGGGGAUGGCUAUGCCUGCUGCCCACCGUCUCUGGGCUCCUCGCACUCCGUGCCUAUGACCCAGGCCAGCAGCGUGGCCAAGCCUGCCGGGACCGUGUGCCCCGAUGGUACCUGGUGCCCCGUGGAACACAGCUGCCUGCGCACGUCGGCCGGCUCCUUCAGCUGCUGCCCAUUGUCAGAGGCCGUCGCCUGCGCCGACAGGCAUCGCUGCUGCCCCCGGGGGUCCCACUGCAGUGCCGACGGCAAAUCCUGCUUUGUGUUCCCAGGUCUCCCGGCCGCUGAUGCUGUCCAGUGCCCUGAUGGCGAAUCAGAGUGUCCCAAUGAGUCCACCUGCUGCAUGAUGCCCACUGGCUCCUGGGGGUGCUGCCCCAUGCCACAGGCCGCGUGCUGCGUGGACAAGGUGCACUGCUGCCCCCAUGCCACCACCUGCGACCUGGAACAUGCCCGCUGCCUCUCAGCCGCCGGCGAGCAGCCCCUGGGCAGCAAGGUGCCGGCCCGGAAGCGUGCGCCAUGGCAGGGAGUGCCAGCCUCAUUUAUCAUGAUCACCUGCCCCGACCACCAGUCAGCGUGUCCGGAUGGCACUGCCUGCUGCCAGCUGCCCACCAGCCAGUACGGCUGCUGCCCACUGCAGAAUGCCGUGUGCUGCCAGGACCACGUCCAUUGCUGCCCCAAGGGGUACACCUGCGACCCGGCGGGGGGCAGCUGCCACCCGCCCGCCGCCCCCGUCCCCUGGCUGGAGAAAACCCCGGCGCGGGUACGAGCGCCCUCUGCUGGCCGAGUGCAGUGCGACGAGCAGACCAGCUGUCCUGAGGGCAGCACCUGCUGCAGGCUGGCCACCGGGGACUGGGGCUGCUGCCCCCUGGAGGAGGCCGUGUGCUGCCAGGACCACGUCCAUUGCUGCCCCAAGGGGUACACCUGCGACCCGGCGGGGGGCAGCUGCCACCCGCCCGCCGCCCCCGUCCCCUGGCUGGAGAAAACCCCGGCGCGGGUGCGAGCGCCCUCUGCUGGCCGAGACGUGCGGUGCGACGAGCAGACCAGCUGUCCUGAGGGCAACACCUGCUGCAGGCUGGCCACCGGGGACUGGGGCUGCUGCCCCCUGGAGGAGGCCGUGUGCUGCCAGGACCACGUCCAUUGCUGCCCCAAGGGGUACACCUGCGACCCGGCGGGGGGCAGCUGCCACCCGCCCGCCGCCCCCGUCCCCUGGCUGGAGAAAACCCCGGCGCGGGUGCGAGCGCCCUCUGCUGGCCGAGACGUGCGGUGCGACGAGCAGACCAGCUGUCCUGAGGGCAGCACCUGCUGCAGGCUGGCCACCGGGGACUGGGGCUGCUGCCCCUUGCCGGAGGCCGUGUGCUGCCAGGACCACGUCCAUUGCUGCCCCAAGGGACACACGUGCGACCCGGUGGGGGGCAGCUGCCAGCAGGCCCUGCUCUCUGUGCCCUGGGCACCCAAGGCUCCAGCACACGUUCCUGGCGCCGCCCAGAGCAGAGGUGUGAAGUGCAACCAGACAGUCAGCUGCGAGGACGGGCAGACCUGCUGCAAGAGCGAGACGGGCACCUGGGCCUGCUGCCAUCUGCCGAAUGCUGUGUGCUGUGAGGAUCACCAGCACUGCUGCCCAGGGGGCUACACCUGCAACCUGGCCACGCAGAGCUGUGAGAAGCAGCAGGCUGGGCGGGUGCUGCCCGGGGCCCUGAGCCUCGUCGCCUCCCUGCUGCCCGCCAGCCCGGAGCCCAGCAACCAGGUGACCUGCGACGCCCAGCACUACUGCCGCACCCGCCAGACCUGCUGCAAGGCUGCCUCGGGCACCUGGGCUUGCUGCCCCUACUUCAUGGGCUCCUGCUGCCCCGACCAACGCCACUGCUGUCCCUGGGGCUACCGAUGCUCCAGGUCGAGCCUCGACUGCAAGCGGCGCUGGCCUCCACGCUGGGACGCCGGUGCCCCCUGGCUGCUGUGAGGUGCCUGUGGGGGCACCCCUGUGCCCACACUGAGGGGGGAGUGGGGAUUGCUCUGGCCCCUCAGUCUGUCUGUCUGACUUCCAGCCUCGGGGGCCUUUUCUCUGGCUGCCCCAGGGCACACAGGCCCCAUGCUCUGCAGGACCUGUCCCACCCAGCCCCCUGGGGCUAAGCACAUGGGAGAGCACCCCCGCCACGGGAGUCUAACCCUGGACACAGCGGUCUGGGCACAUGCAGCUUCGUCCUCUGCUCCCAGUGCUGCUUUCCUGCUGGGAGCUUGGAAGGUUAAGGCUCCCACCCCACUCCAGGCUCUUCUCCUUCUGUGGGGGCCUUGAGGCUGGGCCGGGCCAGGCCAGGCCCUCCUCCCCCACUGUUGGGAGCUAGGGGCUGCAGUAGGGCCUGGGAACCUGGGUUGAAGAGCAAGGUGGCUGGGCUGCUUUGCUUUCUACAGCCCCCCUUGGCAUCUGUGUCUCCCCCCAUUUCUCCCUGGCACUCGGGCCCCUCCCUGGGUCCUGUUGUGCUGCCUGUGAAAGCCGGGGCUGGGAAGGCUGGAAGGUGGGCACUGCAGUCUGGCUCCUGGCACUCUCCUACCCCAGUCCCUGAAUGUGCGUUGCCCUGAGCUCGUGCCUGCACUGUGUCUGCUGGGCACCAGGGAUGGACAUGCCCUUUUUCUAGCCCCCCAGUGCCAGGAGUCUCUGCUGCCUGCCCAGCCCCUGCCCCCCUCACAGCUGCCCCGAGAGCCCAGGGCCAGACUGGCACCAUGCCCUCUGGUCACCAGCUCCCUUGCCUCUAAGAGUGCCCCACCUGUGGCUGGGGCCUGUGCCAGGAACAGGGGCCCAGUACCUGGUGCCAUUAGGGUUGAAGUGGCUGGAAGAGAGUGAGAACCAAUAAAGGGUGUGGAGGACGGUG